UCCUCUCCUCAUCAUCAAGAAGAAAAGGAAAAGAAAGAAAAAGGGAAAAGGAAUAGGGAUAGGGAGAAGCUCCAAAUUCUAAAACCCUCUUCAAAUUCUCAUUUCCGAAUCAAUUAAACAGCAGUGAAAAGAUCCGGAAGCUUGGUUGGGUGGAAGACAAUGGCGUCGUCCUCCAGCAGCGGCCUCACUUUCAAGCUCCACCCACUCGUCAUUGUCAACAUCUCCGAUCACUACACUCGGGUCAAGUCACAAUCUCUUUCCCCUCACUCUGCCUCUGCCUCUGCCUCUGCCGCCGACGCCUCCUCGCUGCCUCCUCCUCCUCCGCCUCGCGUUUUCGGAUGCGUCAUCGGUGUCCAGCGCGGUCGCACCGUCGAGAUCUUCAACAGCUUCGAGCUUCUCUACGACCCCUCCACCCACUCCCUCGACCGCGCUUUUCUCGAGAAAAAGCAAGAGCUUUAUAAGAAGGUGUUUCCGCAUUUUUAUAUUCUGGGGUGGUACUCCACGGGGAGCGAUGCUCAAGAAUCCGACAUGAUUAUUCACAAAGCUUUGAUGGAUAUAAAUGAGAGCCCAGUAUAUGUUCUACUCAACCCUUCAAUAAAUCCUGCGCAAAAGGAUCUGCCUAUCACAAUUUAUGAAAGUGAGUUGCAUGUUAUUGAUGGCAUUCCCCAGCUUAUUUUUGUUCGGUCAAGCUACACAAUAGAGACGGUGGAAGCUGAACGAAUAUCGGUUGAUCAUGUUGCCCAUCUGAAACCAUCUGAUGGGGGUUCAGCUGCAACUCAAUUGGCUGCUCAUCUUACUGGCAUACACAGUGCCAUCAAGAUGCUGAAUAGCAGAAUUAGAGUACUUCAUCACUAUCUUCUAGCCAUGCAGAAAGGGGAUAUUCCCUGUGAGAACUCAUUGCUAAGGCAAGUAUCUAGUCUCUUGAGAAGAUUACCAGCCAUUGAAUCCGAAAAAUUUCAAGAUGAUUUCUUGAUGGAAUAUAAUGAUACGUUAUUGAUAACUUAUCUUGCCAUGUUCACCAACUGCUCCAGCACAAUGAAUGAGCUGGUCGACAAAUUCAACGCUGCUUAUGACAGGCAGGGUCGUAGGGGUGGUCGAACUGCUUUUAUCUAAAUUGGCAUUCAUUUUGAUCUCCGUAGUAGUCAAAUUUUCAUGAAUUAUGGAACUCGUACAUCUAGGAAUUAUGUUUGGAAGAGAUGGAACAGGCCUCAAAUUCAUAAUAGUGGAAAAUGGUAUUUUUUGUCUAUUUAUUCCUUUAUGUUUGCUGA